AUGAUAAAGAGCAACCUCCUGUAUGGAGUAGAAACAUGGAGAAUAACUGAGAGAUACAUGAGGGUAGAGGCCGUAGAAAUGGAUGUCAUUCGAAGAUCAAUGAGAAUUUCAAGACAACAACAAAUAAGAAAUAAUACCAUAAAACAACAAAUGGGUAUAGAAGGUACGAUAACACAGGAUAUAGAGAAAAAGCAGCUGAUCUGGUACGGACAUGUAGAGCGAAUGAAGGACACUGGAUGGCCCAAGAAAAUAAUCAAUUGGCAACCAAAGGACAGAAGAAAACAGGGAAGACCGAAACUGGAAUGGCAAAAAAGCGUACACAAAGCGAUGAGUGAAAGAAACCUGUCAACAGAGGAUUGUACGAAUAGAACAGGCUGGAAAUUUGGUAUCGGACAACGUAGAAAAACGUUCUAA